GGGUAAUGAUGGCCUUGCUCAACUCCAAAGGAAUUCUAAAAUGAAAGACAAUUGGCCCGUGAGCCUUGCAAAGAUAAGGUCUCUACUUCAUUUGUCUGUGCCCUUCAGCACCUGGCAUAGCGCUUUGUGCACCUAGUACAUCUCGAGUGAGUAUUGUCUAGACCAAUCACUGAAGUCACCUGUUCCACGCGACGUGUAAGGAAACCGAAACCCAAGGAGGGACAGCGACACGGGAAGAUCAAACAUGGAAAGUGCCCAGUACCUGACCUGUGUUGAGCAUUCAGUCAACCCUGGGAACCCCAACCCCGGGAGGAGCCAGCCCAUCAACCUGAACCACUAUGCCACUAAGAAGAGCGUGGCAGAGAGCAUGCUGGACGUGGCCCUCUUCAUGUCCAACGCCACGCGGCUGAAAGCAGUGCUGGAGCAGGGACCAUCCUCCCAUUACUACACCACCCUCGUCACCCUCAUCAGCAUCUCUCUGCUCCUGCAGGUGGUCAUCGGAAUCCUCCUCGUGGUCAUUGCGCGGCUGAACCUCAAUGAGGUGGGAGAGCAGUGGCAGCUGAACCAGCUCAACAAUGCUGCCACCACCCUGGUCUUCAUCACGGUCGUCAUCAACGUCUUCAUUACGGCCUUCGGGGCACACAAGACGGGCUUCCUGGCUGCCAGGACCUCAAGGAAUCCUCUCUGAACACAGCCUGGGACCCAGGUCGCAGGUCUGGAACAGCUUCCGCCUCUUUCCUCCCC